GCGCCGGCGCUGGAACGUGACUGGAGCGCCAGCGAACAGUCGCCCGUGAGACGCAAGUGUCGCGCGAUUCAGUCGGUGACGACGACGAGAGCCGUGUGGCACGCGAGCGGCAUCCGACCGACGAAAACGCGCCGAGGCCGCUGCGCUUCAGCACCGCACAGUUCCCCGUCGGCCCCGGGCGCGCGCAUUCCCCGCCAGAAUCCGGCAUUCCUCAACGUUCGUUUGUCUCACCUACUUGCCGGGACCCGUCAUCGACGAGCGCCUCAAGAUUCUGCGACUCACGCUCGCCACGAUCAGGAGGAUGACGACGGCGGUCGACAAGGAGGAAGUGAAGAAGCGGCUGUCGCCGCUCCAGUGGCAUGUGACGCAGGAAAAGGGCACGGAAAGGCCAUUCACCGGUUGCUACAAUAAAUUUUACGAAAAAGGAAUGUACACCUGCAUCGUGUGCGAUCAGGAACUGUUCUCCUCGGAUACGAAGUACGAUAGUGGAUGUGGUUGGCCUGCAUUCAACGAAGUUUUAGAUCAGGGACGCAUUAAACUUACCAAAGACGCCUCUCAUGUUGGCGGCAAUCUACUACUGCUGAUCGCAAACCCAGAUAUGGUGCGGACCGAAGUGACCUGUUCGAAGUGCAACGCGCACCUGGGACACGUGUUCAACGACGGGCCGAAGCCUACGAGGAAGCGCUUCUGCAUCAAUUCCGCCUCGAUAAGCUUCCAUCCGGCGGGAACGGAGGAAAAGUCCACGCAAUAAAAAACUAUCGUUUUCUCCUCCACUGUUGCAUUACAUAUUUACAAAGAAAUUGUUAUAUGGAUAUUGAAAUGUCUCCGUUGUAUUUAGACGUUGUAAGGACAGAAUAACAAUUGUUACCACCGAGUUACCCAGUGGGGCAUCUGAAAGCAAAGUCUGAACCAUUACGGAGAGAGAAUGAGAAAGAGAGAGAAUGUUUAAAUGUCAUCUGUGACACACGAUGUGAUGUGAAUGCUAUCGAUACUAACAAAGGUUUCUGUCAUAUCCUCUCUUCAGUCUCUUUCCCUCUCGCGUGCGCGUGCUUAUGCACGUUUAAUUUAUCAUAGUUCAACUAAAACAAUGUAAACAAUGUACAUGACUUGUAUAUGAUCUUCGUAUAUCGCGAAUGUUCCUUUUUACAUUUUAUGCAAAAGUGAUAAAACAUGCUAUUUACAUGAAGACAUAACAUUUUCGACCAACUUUUCAUACGCGACGAAAUGCAUCGGAUGUUGUUAUUUCUCUCGAAUGCUUUGCUAUUAUGUACUCUCGAUAUUACAUAUGUACAUGUAUAUAUCCAUAUCACAACACGUAACAAUCUACACGUGUUUGCUUCAAAGAAUCUCAGAAAAAUGAUAAAAAAUUUAUAACUGAAAGAUGUUAUUUUUCCAAUAAUAUAUAAACGCCAUAUAUAAUACAUUUUAUAUAUAUAUAUAUAUAUAUAUAUAUAUAUAUAUAUAUAUAUAUAAUAUGGAAAUAAUAUAUUCUUAAUAUAUAUAUAUAAGUUAUAAUUUAAUAUGUAUAUUAAAUGUGAGGGCUGAAAACGUGUGUAAUAAUUAUCAUUUUGCAAUCUCCUCUUCAUCCGCUAAGCAGGAAGGACAAUUCAUAUGAAAGGAAGAAUAUCUUUGUUAUAAAAUGUUUCCUUAUAUUGUAACGUUCCAAAACAAACUGAAAGGUGUUAUAGUACAAUAUAUACGUAAAGUUCUAGGCA